GUAGACUAUAGCUUUUAGAAACGUGGUGUUCCACACGCUCAUACUGUGACUUUUACGUAGUUCGAUUUUAACUCGUGUCUUUUCUAGGUACACCAAAGGGCAAAAUUCUAAUUGAACUCUCGGAAGUAGUGAUAAUCAAAGCAAAAUGCAAAGAAAAACAGUUUCUCGAAGAAAACAUUCAAUAAGUAGCAACGGGGAAGAAUUCUGUAAAAAGCCAACUGCCGAAUAUGUAUACAAAUAUGUAAAACAUAUUAUAGAGUUCUACAGAUGCAUCCGUCGAUGGUUUUUCUGGAUUUGUUUCGCAUCCCUUCUUAUUCUGGGUACAUUCUAUAUGAGAAAUAUAAGUAAUAUAAGUCCGCGGCGUUCUAAACCACAUGAAAAACUCUAUCCACCAAAUCCACAAAUGCCGGACACAAAAGUAAUAUCAUCGUAUACACCAUUACAUGUUUUCCAGCAUGCCGCUGUAUGUUCAGAUUCGGAACUCUGCAGCAAAAUAGGGAGAGAUUUUCUUAAAAAAAACGGAACCGUGAUUGAUGCCACUUUAGCAACUAUGUUUUGUGCAGGUAUGACAAAUAUGCAGUCAAUGGGCAUAGGUGGAGGAUUCGUGAUGAAUGUAUAUAUAAAAAAUGAGCGCAAAGCCUAUACUUUAGAUGCAAGAGAAAUAUCCGCAAUUGCAGCUACAGAAGAUAUGCAUUUACAUGACCCUUCGACCACGAAUGAAGGUCCGUUAUCAAUUGCUACUCCAGGAGAACUGAAAGGUUAUUGGGAGGCACAUAAAAGAUUUGGAAAGCUCUCUUGGAGGGAAAUAAUACAGCCAACCAUAGAUAUUUGUAGAAAAGGAUUCGAAAUGUCUAAGCAUAUGUACGAUUCUUUGCACACAAAUUCAAAAGUCCUAUCUGAUGAUCAAUUGCGCCAAAUGUUUUUUGAUGAAAGGACGAAUGCAUUUUUCAAACCCGGAACAGUAAUUAAACCGAGAAAACUAUGUGAUACUCUUGAAUAUAUUGCUACAAACGGUGGAAACUCGUUGUAUAAAGGAGAACUUGCGAAUAUUUUUGCAGAGGAUUUGAAGGAUUUAGGCAGUAUUAUAACUAAGGAAGACCUCGAAUCAUAUAAUGUACGAUGGAAUGAUUCAAUUUCAAUUGACAUUAACGGAGAUACUAUGUAUGUGAUCCCGCCGCCUGCUUGCGGUGUCCUAAUUAGCUUCUUGAUAAAUAUUCUAAAAAAUUACAACUUCAAACCUGAUGAUUUAUCUACCGUUAAUUCAACUAUUCUUACCUACCAUCGGAUCAUAGAAGCCUUUAAGCAUACUUAUGGAAAACGUACACUGAUAGGCGAUCCAAAGUUCUUUAACAUUGAUGAUCUUGUUCGAGAUCUCACAUCCUCAGACUAUGCCGAACAGAUAAGAUUGAAAAUACAUGACGACACCACCAAGCAGUUACCACAAGAUUAUGGAGCUCAAUUUUAUAUGGACAACAGUCAUGGAACAGCCCAUAUUUCAGUUUUAGGACCGAAUGGAGAUGCAGUGUCUGUAACAAGCUCAGUUAAUUUCUACUUUGGAGCAGCUUUGACUGGUAAAAGAACUGGAAUAAUUGUCAAUAGUGGAAUGGAUGAUUUUUCAUCUCCAGGACUCAAAAACUAUUUUGGACUUCCUGGCUCUGAACGAAAUUUCAUAAAACCUCAAAAAAGAGCACUUUCGUCGAUGUCACCAACAAUUGUUGUAGGAAAGAAUGGAAAAGUGAAAUUAGUCGUAGGAGCGGCAGGAGGAACUAAGAUAACGACAGCUGUAGCUAUGAUUAUCAUGAAAACACUUUGGUUCGACAAUAAUAUCAAGGAAGCCGUGGAUACUCCACGUAUUCACCAUCAAUUAAUUCCGAUGGCCGUGCAAUAUGAAUACGGUAUUUUAGAAGAUGUCUUGAAAGGAUUAGAGUCAAAAGGUCACGUAACAAAACGCUACCGAGAACGAGGUUCAAUAGUAUGUGGGAUAACACAAAAUCAGACGGGUAUUUACUCCAAUGCAGACUUUCGGAAGGGAGGCGAUGUGGCAGGAUAUUAAUUGUUUUUCUUCAUUUGAUUCUAUCCAAAGAAAGCAUAAAUUUCAUCAUUAGUACAAAAUAAACUCUUUUAUUAGUUGUGAUGCAUUCAA